AUGGGAAAGGGAGACCAUUGUGGCAUGCCCUUUUUACGGUGCGCGUGCAAUCCAUCAGAUACUGAUGAGCAGAGUUCACAUAUGCAGAGAUCUAUUCACAACGUCGAUGAUGUCAAUCCUUCUCGACCAUCAGGUAAAGACAAGAUGUUGGAUUUGGAUCCUCUUGAAUCCGAUCCUGCUAAAAGAAGACAAAUUUCAGAUUAUUCUUCUAAUCUACGUGAUAGAGGUUAUGAUGGAGUUAGUAACCAGCAGGGAGAAAUCAAUGGUCUUAACACUUUGAUUAUGAAAGAUUCUCCUUCGGCAUAUUGCACACAUUGCUUUGCUCAUCAAUUACAAUUGACUCUUGUAGCAGCUGCAAAGAAGCAUCAUGAGGUAGAUCAAUUUUUUGAUAUUCUUGCUAAUGUUUUAAAUGUUAUUGGAGGUUCUUUUAAGCAUAGGGAGAUGCUUAGAGACGAUCAGACAGAAAAAUUAAAGGAACUACUAGUGCUCGGUGAAGUUCAUACAGGAAGUGGAUUGAUUCAAGAACCUAGACUUCAAAGGGCAAGGGAUAUACGUUGGAGUUCUCAUUUUAAAACAAUCCGUAACUUUAUUAGUUUAUUCUCCUCAAUUAUUCAUGUACUUGGAGUUCUUGCUAAAGAGGGUUCAAAUUAUCAAGAGAGAUCACUAGCAAAAAGUUUAGUAGAUGACAUAAGAUCUUAUGAGCUUGUGUAUACAUUGCAUUUAAUGUUGAAAGUGUUGGCAAUUACACAUAAUUUGAAUAUGGUCUUGCAAAGAAAAGAUCAAGAUAUCGUAAGCGCGAUGAACCUUGUUGGUUUCACAAAGAGACAAUUGCAAUCUAUGAGAGAGUCUAAAUGGGAUUCUUUGGUAAAAGACAUCUCUUCAUUUUGUGUCAAGCAUGAUAUUGUGAUCCCCAAAAUGGAUAAAAAUUAUGCUCUUGGAAAAUCAAAGCGUAAGAUCUCAAGUGUCAAAUAUUCUCAUCAUUUGCGUGUACAAGUUUUUAAUAUUGUUAUUGAUUUGCAACUUGCAGAGCUUAACAAUCGUUUUGAUGAAGUGAAUACUAAUCUAAUUCUUUGUAUGGCUAGUUUGAGUCCAGAUAAUUCUUUUGCAAAUUAUAAUAAAGAGAGGACUAUGAAACUUGCUACACACUAUUGGGAUGAGUUUAGUGUUUUCAUGCUUGAGGAUCUUAGUUGA